AUGUAUGGAUUCGAAGCCCUGACCUUCAACAUCCAUGGGGGGUUCCUGGAGGCCAUCGUCCGCGGCCACCGAUCUGGGCUUUUGACCGCCGCCGAUUAUAAUAACCUCAGCCAGUGCGAAACGCUUGAAGAUAUCAAGAUGCACCUAUCCGCCACCGAAUCUGUAAAGAAAAUGUAUGGAUUCGAAGCCCUGACCUUCAACAUCCAUGGGGGGUUCCUGGAGGCCAUCGUUCGCGGCCACCGAUCUGGGCUUUUGACCGCCGCCGAUUAUAAUAACCUCAGCCAGUGCGAAACGCUUGAAGAUAUCAAGAUGCACCUAUCCGCCACCGAGUACGGGCCUUACCUCCAAAAUGAGCCCUCUCCGUUACAUACAACUACAAUAGUAGAAAAGUGCACUCUUAAACUGGUCGAUGAGUACAAGCAAAUGCUAUGCCAAGCCACAGAACCCCUAUCAACCUUCUUAGAGUAUAUCACAUAUGGUCACAUGAUCGACAAUGUUGUGUUAAUUGUCACUGGAACAUUGCAUGAGAGAGAUGUUCAUGAGUUGUUGGAGAAAUGUCACCCGUUGGGAAUGUUUGACAGCAUUGCUACCCUGGCAGUUGCUCAGAAUAUGAGGGAGCUUUACAGACUGGUGCUUGUUGACACACCCCUCGCUCCAUAUUUCUCUGAGUGCAUAACUUCAGAGGACUUGGAUGACAUGAACAUUGAAAUUAUGAGGAAUACUCUCUACAAAGCAUACCUUGAGGAUUUUUACAGAUUUUGCCAGAAAAUUGGUGGUGCCACUGCAGAGAUUAUGUCAGACAUCCUAGCUUUUGAGGCUGAUAGAAGGGCUGUUAAUAUCACCAUAAACAGUAUUGGCACUGAGCUUACACGAGAUGAUCGUAGAAAAUUGUACUCUAAUUUUGGCUUACUUUAUCCCUACGGUCACGAGGAACUCGCUAUCUCCGAGGAUAUAGAUCAGGUCCGUGCUGUCAUGGAAAAGUAUCCUCCUUAUCAGUCCAUAUUUUCAAAGUUAUCCUAUGGAGAAAGCCAGAUACUUGACAAAGCCUUCUACGAAGAGGAGGUGAAACGGCUUUGUUUAGCAUUUGAGCAGCAGUUCCAUUAUGGUGUGUUUUUCGCCUACAUGAGGUUGAGGGAGCAGGAGAUCAGGAACUUGAUGUGGAUAUCUGAAUGUGUUGCUCAGAACCAGAAGUCCAGAGUGCACGAUAGUGUAGUUUUCAUCUUCUAA